AUGGAUAUAACUCCAUUAUUCAAAGCAUGUAUAAAAACCGUAAGAACACGGAACAAAGCUUUCGGUAUUCACAGUCCAUCUAGUGAAGAUAAACAACGAAUACUUCGAACUAAACCGAAGACUGCUUUCAUGAUAACAGCUAAGGAUAUAACAUUACAAAUAACAAAAUUACGCGACUUUAUGCUGGAGCACAGAGAAAGAUACUUAAGUUUCUUUAACAGCGUUACCGGAGAUGAGAUGUCUGAGGCUGAGCGAGAUCAAAUAGACACAGGCGCGCAAAGAAUCAUUAAUACAUGUUCACAUCUACUCAAAGAGUUCAGGAAUGACAAUCGUAAGGUUUCUGUCUCCCAGCAGACACGGGAUUACAUGGAUGCAGUUAUAGACCUAAUAGAUUCAUAUUUAAAAUCUGUUUGUAAAAUACACAGUGAAUUAAAGGCGUUAAGAGUGAAAAGGGCACUUGACAUUCGAAAAUUAUCCCGCUUAGAACAGCCACAGAUUAAAUCGAGCAUUCCAAAUCCUUUUAUAGAUAAUAAAAUUAUAGAACAGGAAGAAGAGAAAGAUGAAGAAAAUGUAGAAGAAACGGAUAGUCGGAAAACAAAAAUGGACUUAUCAGAAAAUGAUGUAGCUGUUAUGUCCGACCAGGGAGAACUUAGUGCUGAAGAAUUACAAAUGUUUGAAUCGGAGAAUGUUCAAUUGUUGAAUGAACUGAAUAGUAUGACUGAAGAAGUUCGUCAAAUAGAGAGCAAAGUGCUACAUAUAGCAGAAUUACAGGAAAUAUUUACAGAAAAAGUAUUACAACAGGAACAAGAUAUCGACAGGAUAGCGAAUACAGUUGUUGGAACGACCGAAACUAUGAAAGAUGCCAAUGAACAAAUAAAACAAGCCAUUCAAAGGAACGCCGGCCUUAGAGUUUAUAUACUAUUCUUUUUGCUCGUCAUGUCAUUUACCUUACUUUUCCUGGACUGGUAUAAUGAGUAA